AUGGCCUCCGAACCGAAACGAGACCUCUCAGAAUAUCCCCGGCCCUGGUUCUACCGUCCGGAGAUCUACUACGGCCUCUUCAUUUUUCCACCUGCCUGGUCGGUGCUCACGCUGCGGUCCCCCUGGCACAGCGGUGAGGGCUUCCGGGGUAUCCUGGUUGGCGGGAUCGCGUGGUUCAUCAUGAUCGCCUCGGUGGUGCUCUCGGUCCGUUGGGUCCAGGAGGGUGGAGUUCGCAACCUGUUCAUUUUUGUGCCCUGGAAUACUACUGACCUUGCUGACCCAGAUUUCGAAUAUAGAUUCCCCACCGGAGGAGAGAUUAUGGCUUUGCAUUACGACGGCGAAGUUCGCAUCGUCAAGGUGAACAUGGGCCGAUUCAUGAACAACGGCUACAUCGUUUCCUGUCCCGAGACCAACGAGGGAAUCCUGAUCGACACACCAGAGGAGCCGGAACUGCUGCUCAACGAGGUGGGUGACGUCAGCAUCAAGGCCAUCCUGAUCACCCACAAUCACCAGGACCAUCUUAACGGAUUCAACGAGAUCACUGGCAGCCUGGACGCCCCCGAGCUGACCGACGGGCAGGUCAUACCCUUCGGCAACCGGGAACUCAAGGUGCUGGUGACCCCCGGCCACACCGACGGCGCCAGUUGCUUCCUGGUGGGCAAUCACCUGUUCUCCGGCGACACCCUGUUCCCCGGUGGUCCGGGCAAGAGCCGCAGCCCCGAGGCCUUGGCGACCAUCCUGGAGAGCAUCCAGUCCAAGCUGCUGACCCUGUCGGACGACACCCAGGUCUACCCCGGCCACGGCGACGACACCACCAUCGCCGAGGCCAAGCGCCGCCACGCUGUCUACGCCUCCAAGUCCCAUCCCGCCGACCAGUUCGGCGACGUAGACUGGCUGGGCAGCUAG